AUGUCGCCGGGAAGGACGGGGGAGGCUCUACAGGCGGUGGAGCUUCCGGAGUCCAUCCGGGGACGGCGUUGGGCGGACGUGGCGGACGAGGUGGACGCGGAGGAGGCGGCACGCGCGGAGCUCGUCGCGCGCUGCUCGCCGCCGGGGACGGCGACGCUCGGCGACUACCUCGUCUACGCACGACGUGGGCAUCCGCGCCGCUCCCCGCCGCAACGGCGCUCGGUGGUUGGGCGAGGGCCGCGCCGUCCGCCGCCGCCUCGAGCGCCGGUGGAGCCGCCGCGCCUUGCAGCACCGCCCUUGCCGGGGAUCUCGCCGUCCGGGGCCUCGGUGGUGGUGGCCGCCUUGGAGGUCGGUGUUCCGCCGAGGCCGUCGCGGGGCUGA